AUGGCUCCUCCACAGGCCUCCACGAGCCUCCGCUGCUACCGUCAUUCCGCACUGCUUCUCGCGCUUCUACUGCCGCUGCUAGCUCCGCCACGGGGGGCGAAUGCGGCGACGCGCGUCGUGAUUGCGCCGAUGCGCGGCGGACCCAAGGAGCGAUUGGAGGUGUUCAAGCUGUCGGAGAACCUCUGGUUCGCCGGAACCGCGCAGCUGCCGCCGGCGUCCGACGGCGCGGCGAGCAAAAACCGCAGCGACAGCGGCAGUGGGAACAACAACAGCGUGAAUCGGAGCGAGCGGAAGCUGCAGGCUGCCACUGCAAGCGCACCCGCGCCCGCUGUGGAUCCCAUGGUAGGCAUGACGGUAUCAUAUAACGGAGCCCUCCUGACGUCGCUCUAUGUGUGGGCAAUGGCUACAUCCUUCAGACUGUUAACAUUGCAAGGGAAGCAGCUCACUCGCAUCAUCACACAAAACGAGUUCUUUGGGGUGCUGCCGGCAUAUUCUAAGGAUGCGUCCAACAAGACAGUACCAGGAGACUCCAUCGGCGACAUGACCUGCACGUAUGACCGCCAGGCUAAACGCUUCUACCUCGCUGCGUACUGGAAGUCAGGGGAAGCCAACAACACGUAUGACAAGUUUGGGCAGACGAGGAGGAGGGGCAACGUGACAGUGGGGUCAGGGCUGAUAGUGGCAGCAACAACCACAGACGACCCCACCCAGCCCUGGAACGUCUUCUUCAUCCCCGGCUCCAACGAUGGCAUCAACUCCAAUCCGGACUGGAGGACACCUCUCCACUUCGAGACAAAUCGACUCACCACCUUGCGCUGCCGCAUCCUAUGGAGCAGGCAUAUAUGCAAUCGCCAAGCCACAGCUCCAAAGGCCAGAAAAUGCCACCAUUCUGCGCCUGGCCAUGCCGUGGCAGUCCAUUUUCACCCAAGCAGCGUCCGUUGGCCUCAGAAGGUGGCAGCCGAUGGGGACUGCGACUACCACCACGGCGGCACCAUGUGGUUCGGCUUCGCGGGAAUGACCCCCAACCCCGGCGCUCCCGAUGAGACCGUGCUUGUAUACAACUACACCACAGUGGGAGCCUUUGCUAUAACGGGUACAAGUGCCCUGGGGACGCCUGAAGCAGAGAGAAUGGUGGAGCCACACUGUGCUGCUGUCAACUCGCCCCCGUACUUCCUUCCCGGGCCUGUGGAGCAGAAACCCGGACCUGUUCCCUUGGCUUGGAAGAUGAACACUACCGUAACACCCAUCAACCCUUCAUAUAUUGAUGCUAGAGGCGUUGUGGUGUUCCCACGCAAGAGGCACAUGUGGUUGACGUUUAUGUCCGCCUUUGGCAAGGAUAUGAGUGCCUCUGCUGUGGUCGCGAGGCUUCGCUUGUCUUUGAGGCCCAACCGCAAGUGGCGCACGCUCCGGGUGUUUCUGGAGCGGUUCAAAGCGGUGGGGGUGGGCGGAGGGAACAGUUUCAUCCAACCGUCGAUUGCUCUCAACAGGCACGGCUACGGAAUCAUAGCAGCAUCGCUGGCAGGGCGAUCCUUCUACCCCUCAGCUGCCUAUGGCACUCUCAACGCCAAUGUGGAUGUCGGCCGCAUCAACGUUGCUGGCCCGGGGAAAGCGCCCCUCGACGACUACGUGGGGUAUGCGACCAACACAUCCCUGCGCUACGGCUACUACAUGACGGCAACAAUCGACGAGGAGGGCAACGCGUGGGCGGCAGUGCAGUAUGUUGCGGGGCAUCCUCGCACCGAGUGGAGCAACUGGGCCACCUUCGUCUUUAAAGUCCACCUGCCGGGGGGGGAGGACGGGGGGAACAAGGGGGUUGGGGGGGUUGGGGGAAAUGGGGAUAAUGGGGGGAAUGGGGAUAAUGGGGGAAAUGGGGACGGGGAGAAUGGAGACAACGGGGGAGACUGA